CUCAGGAACUGGAGCGAAGCCAGCCAGCCCGCCGCCCCGCUCGCGGAGCUGAGGAGAAGAGGAUGGCGCCGUGACUCCGCGCCCCGCCGCGCCCCGGCUCCGCGCUCGCCCGCCCGCUCGCUUUUCCCUCUCCGCCGCCGCCGCGCAAGCCGAGAGCAGCGUCGCUGGGAAGGCAAGCCGAGGAGCGACACCAUGCCCGGGCUCGGGAGGGCUUCCGCGGGGCUCCUCGCCCUCUUCUGGGCAGGUGUUUGCCUCAGCCUGGUGGCCGUGGCCGGCUCGGAGCAGCAGAUCCCCUUGGCCGUUGUGAAACUCUGGGCCUCUGCAUUUGGUGGGGAGAUCAGAUCCAUCGCAGCGAAAUACUCAGGUUCCCAACUUCUGCAGAAGAAAUAUAAAGAAUAUGAGAAGGAUGUUACUGUAGAAGAAAUUGAUGGUCUUCAGCUUGUGAAGAAGCUGGCAAAAAAUAUGGAGGAGAUGUUUCACAAAAAGUCUGAAGCUGUACGGCGUCUUGUUGAAGCUGCAGAAGAUGCUCAUUUGAAACAUGAAUUUGACGCUGAUUUACAGUAUGAAUAUUUCAAUGCUGUCCUCAUUAAUGAGCGGGAUGAAGAUGGGAACUUCUUAGAACUGGGGAAGGAAUUCAUCCUAGAACCAAAUGACCAUUUUAAUAACUUGCCUGUGAAUGUUACCCUGAGUGAUGUCCAAGUGCCAACCAACAUGUACAACAAAGAUCCUGCUAUUGUGAACGGAGUCUUUUGGUCUGAAUCAUUAAACAAAGUGUUUGUUGACAACUUUGACCGUGACCCUUCCCUUAUAUGGCAAUAUUUUGGAAGCGCAAAGGGCUUUUUUAGGCAAUACCCAGGAAUUAAAUGGGAGCCAGACGAAAAUGGAGUCAUUGCAUUUGAUUGCAGAAAUCGAAAAUGGUAUAUCCAGGCAGCCACUUCUCCCAAAGAUGUAGUCAUUUUAGUGGAUGUCAGUGGCAGCAUGAAAGGACUCCGCCUGACAAUUGCAAAGCAGACUGUGUCGUCCAUUUUGGAUACUCUGGGAGAUGAUGAUUUUUUUAACAUAAUUGCUUACAAUGAAGAACUGCACUACGUAGAACCUUGCUUGAAUGGAACAUUAGUUCAAGCAGACAGAGCCAACAAAGAGCACUUCAGGGAGCACCUUGACAAACUUUUUGCCAAAGGAAUCGGAAUGUUGGAUAUAGCUUUAAUUGAAGCUUUCAACAUGCUCAGUGAUUUCAAUCAUACAGGACAAGGGAGUAUUUGCAGUCAAGCCAUAAUGCUAAUUACGGAUGGUGCUGUGGACACUUAUGAUGCCAUUUUUGAAAAGUAUAAUUGGCCAGAUAGGAAGGUUCGUAUAUUCACCUACUUGAUAGGAAGAGAAGCUGCCUUUGCUGAUAACCUCAAGUGGAUGGCUUGUGCCAACAAAGGGUUUUUCACUCAGAUAUCUACUCUAGCCGAUGUUCAGGAAAACGUUAUGGAAUAUCUCCAUGUGCUUAGUCGACCCAAAGUGAUCGAUCAAGAGCACGACGUGGUAUGGACUGAAGCCUAUGUUGACAGCACUCUUCCUCAGGCUCAAAAGCUUGCAGACGAUCAGGGAUUGGUUUUGAUGACCACUGUUGCCAUGCCAGUAUUUAGUAAGCAAAAUGAGACUAGAUCGAAAGGCAUUCUUUUGGGAGUUGUCGGCACAGAUGUUCCAGUGAAAGAACUUCUAAAGACUAUUCCAAAAUACAAGUUAGGUAUUCAUGGAUAUGCAUUCGCAAUCACGAACAAUGGAUACAUUCUGACUCAUCCAGAACUCAGGCCUCUGUAUGAAGAAGUAAAAAAGCGAAGGAAGCCCAACUAUAGCAGCGUCGACCUUUCCGAGGUGGAGUGGGAAGACAGGGAUGAUGUGCUUCGAAAUGCAAUGGUGAAUCAGAAAACAGGAAAAUUCUCUAUGGAAGUGAAGAAAACCGUGGACAAAGGGAAGCGGGUGUUGGUGAUGACAAAUGACUACUAUUAUACAGACAUCAAGGGGACUCCUUUCAGUUUAGGUGUGGCUCUCUCUAGAGGACACGGCAAAUAUUUCUUCAGAGGAAACGUGACUAUAGAAGAAGGAUUGAAUGAUUUAGAACAGCCUGAUGUAUCUUUGGCAGAUGAAUGGUCAUAUUGCAACACAGACUUGCAUCCUGAGCACCGCCAAAUGACUCAGCUGAAGGCUAUUCAAAACUACCUCAUGGGGAAAGAGCCAUUGCUUCCUUGUGAUAAAGAAUUAAUACAGGAAGUACUGUUUGAUGCAGUGGUCAGCGCACCAAUAGAAGCUUAUUGGACCAGCCUUGCACUGAACAAAUCAGAAAAUUCAGACAAGGGAGUGGAAGUUGCCUUCCUUGGAACUCGGACGGGUCUUUCUCGUGUCAAUUUGUUUGUGGGACCGGAACAGCUAACUAAUCAAGACUUCUUGACAGCUGGAGACAAGGAGAAUAUUUUCAAUGCUGAUCAUUUCCCGCUUUGGUACAGAAGAGCUGCAGAACAGAUACCAGGAAGCUUUGUCUACUCAAUCCCUUUCAGCACAGAAACAGCAAACAAAAGCAAUGUGGUAACAGCAAGUACUGCCAUUCAGCUUCUAGAUGACAGAAAAUCUCCAGUGGUAGCAGCUGUUGGUAUCCAGAUGAAACUUGAGUUUUUCCAGAGGAAAUUUUGGACUGCUAGUAGACAGUGUACAUCUCUGGAUGGGAGAUGCUCUAUCAGCUGUGAUGACGAGAAUAUUAACUGUUACCUCAUUGAUAAUAAUGGAUUUAUACUAGUUUCAGAAGAUUACACACAGACUGGAAACUUCUUUGGUGAGGUUGAGGGUGCAGUGAUGAACAAAUUGCUCAUAAUGGGUUCUUUUAAAAGAAUUACUCUUUAUGACUACCAAGCCAUGUGCAAAACAACCAAAGAAAGUAGCGACAGCGCCCAUAGCCUACUGGAUCCUUAUAAAGCUUUCUUUGCUGCAAUAAAAUGGAUUGUGACUGAACUUGUCUUGUUUCUGGUGGAAUUUAAUCUAUGCAAUUGGUGGCAUUCAGAUCUAACAACAAAGGCUCAGAGAUUGAAACAAACCCUAGAGCCUUGUGACACUGAAUACCCAGCCUUUGUUUCUGAACGCACAAUCAAGGAGACCACAGGCAAUAUUGAUUGCGAUGAUUGUUUCAAGUCCUUCGUUAUCCAGCAAAUUCAAAACAGCAAUCUCUUCAUGGUGGUAGUAAGUAAUGAAUGUGACUGCGAGUCUGUUUUGCCAAUUACCAUGGAACCAAUAGAAAUAAGGUAUAAUGAAUCCCUAAAAUGUGAACGCUUAAAAUCCCACAAGAUUAGAAGACGUCCAGAGUCUUGCCAUGGAUUUCAUCCUGAGGAGAAUGCCAGAGAAUGUGGUGGUGUUUUAGGCCUGAGUGCUAAGCCUGCUCUUCUUGCGCUUCCUCUGCUUCUGGCCGUUUUCUCAAGGUGACACUGACUGAGAAGCAAUCACUUGGCAUGCUAAACAAUACAUGGAUAAACUGUGAACUGAGAAAAGGUGCAACUUAGAAGACAUGAAACUAUAGUCAAAACAUCAGCAUUUCAUGAUUUUAAAUGGUGGGAUGAUAUAAACUCUCCAAAUUAUGUAAAAAAAGAGAGAGAGAGGGAGAGAUUUAUCUUUUUUUGGUGCAUCAUGCAAAGAUGGAUUUGCCAUACAAUAGUCACAAUUCAUCAAGAACAGGACUUCAGUAGAUAGAAACAGAUGGUCAUUAUUUUCUGCUUUGUUCCAUGGAAAACGGUUUAAAACUGUGUACUUUUUAAAUAAAGUAUAUUAAAAUCACAA